AUGGCAACUGUUGGAGCAAGCACAGCCGCCAACCAAGUUGAGCAAGCUGCCUGUGUGCACCGUUGCAGUGGGCGCGACACUCAACAAGCCUAUGUCCUGUCCUGGGAAUCGCUGCAUGCUGAUUUGCUGGAGCUGAUCGCUGACCGGGUACUCUCUAGCGACCUGCUGCACUACGUCUGGUUCCGCGCGGUGUGCAAGAAGUGGCGUGCCGCCACUCCUUGCCCGCUCGGCCGUGGCGUGGUAGACCCGCGCUUUCAUCCACGGCAAUGGAUGAUGUUUCCAGAGGGCAACGGGCUUCACCCCGGCCACACUGCAUUGGGCGGCUACAUCCGCUUCCUCAACAUCGAAACCGGCAUCUUCGUCCGUGUGCAAGUGCCAUGCUUUGAGGACCACUCCGUGCUCGACUGCCCUGACGGCCUCCUCCUCCUGCAGCGCAAGAAGGACGCUGCUAUCUGCCUCCUCCACCCCUUCACCGGUGAUGUUGCCGAGUUCCCUCCCCUUGCCUCCCUCUGCUUGUACAUGAGCAAGUUCGGGAGCUUUCUGCAUGGCCCUUAUGAUCUUGGACUACGGAUGGUCCACGCGGCUGUCUCCGUCCAUGUGGGUGGCAGUGUUACCAUCAUGCUCGCGCUCAGCCACACCGAGCGCAUGGCAUACGCAUCCACCUGUGACAAGCACUGGACUCACACAAGCUGGAUGAUGAGUGGCAUGAGGACAGCAUUGCCAUUCCGUGGCAGCCUCUACAUGGUGAGGAGCUCGAAAAACAAACCCUCACAAAUCAUGCGCGUCGAUCCACCAGAUAGCUCCAGUUCCUCCUCAUGGCUGUCUACACCGCCACAAAUGAUUGCGACAUGUUCAGCUAUGCCUAAGCCUUACCUGGUGGAGUGCAACUCUGAACUUCUUCUGGUUGGCUAUACCCACAGAAAGUCCCGGCUUUUGGUUAUCAGACUCUCUGACCUCCUGCUUGGAGUUGCUGCCAUGCCAUUGACAAGCAUCGGUGACCACGCCCUCUUCAUUGGUACUUGGAGCAUGUCCGUCAACUCCAGGAACCUAUCAUCCGUUCAGGGGAACUCCGUCACCUUCCUUAGCCCACCUAACAAUGGCCAACUGCGGCAAUAUGAUCUGGGCAGAGGUACCUGGUCGCCGCUUUGUGAUGGAAACUUCUUCAGCGCCAGCGGCCUCAUACCAAGGCCAUACAGUCUUGUCCACCACAUUGUCAGUUGUUGCCAGCGUCUUUACUGGAUCAGUGGACACAUCUGGACCCGCCACCAUCAUUCUGAUCCUUGUUGCCAGCGUCUUCUGGAGUGA